GAAAGUUUGGCAGAUGCGACUGAACACAGGUUUCGCCUCUUUCAGCACCAUCACACUCCGCUUUACGAUGGUGAGUCUUCCCCUGCUGUAGUGUCUGUGCAGCAGACGACAUGGAGCAGUGCGAGCCCCUUGCCAGGACAGAACACCCAUGGAAGGCUGCCACCGUGAAGAGGAGGGCCUGGGCACGGAGCCGAGACUCCUGGCAGGCCCCUGAGUCUCAGGACGACAGCACAGAGGGGCCGCUGCCCACACAGCCUAUGGAGGAGAAGCCCUCUCCAGCCUCAGAACCAGGACCUAUACCCAACAAAAUAGCAAGUUGGCUCCGAGACUGCAGGACUCCUCUGGGAGCCUCUUUGGAUGAACAGAGCAACUCCCCGACCAAAGGCCUUGGGAGGAAUGGCUGCAGUUUUGAAGAUGACUUGUCUUUGGGAGCCGAGGCCAAUCACCUCCAGCCCAGCAGUGAGAAAGCAGAGGUUCCUGGAUACGGGUUGCCUGCAAAGGACAGAAGGAGCCAGUUCAAACAGAAAGGCAGGAGUAUGAACUCUACCGGCUCUGGCAAGAGUAGCGCUACAGUGUCCAGUGUGUCAGAGCUACUGGACCUUUAUGAGGAGGACCCAGAGGAGAUCCUGUAUAACCUGGGCUUUGGUCGGGAAGAGCCGGACAUCGCCUCCAAAAUCCCCUCCCGCUUCUUCAACUCUUCCUCCAGUGCAAAAGGAAUCGACAUCAAAGUGUACCUGGGAGCUCAGAUACAGCGCAUGGAGCUGGAGAAUCCAAACUACGCCCUGACAAGUCGUUUCCGGCAGACAGAGGUCCUUGCAACCGUCGCCAAUGUCUUCACUGAGAUCUACUCCCAGGUGUCGGGCAGACCCACGCAGAGGAUUGGGAGCUGUGAGGGGGAGUCCAAAGAGCCCUCACAACUGAAGAGAAACAACUCAGCCCUGAAUGCAGCCAAGAUCCUGAAGAAGACCAUCACCAGGCAGAACCUGCUGAGCUCCACAGAGGGAGCACAAAGCCCAUCCUCUGUCACCUCGGACCCCGGCAAGGGGGAGGCUGUGAGCCCCGGUGUUUGGGACAGCCCCAGUGAGUCUGAGCACAAACAGCAGAGGAUGUUUAGGAAGAAGGACUCGCCCUCUCUGGCCACCGUGACAGAGGAGUCACAGCAAGGCAGUGCAGACAACCCCUUAAACGGAGACGCGGCGACGGGGCAAGGAGUCGAAAGUUCCUCUUCCACUCCUUUUGUAGGCAGUGAGCAGUCUCCUCUGAACGGAGAACAAUUACCUGAGCGAAGUUCUGCGUCUGUUCAGGCGCUGGGCAGGGAGGUCCCAGAGGCCCCAGUCCUGGUGAGCAUCAGUGGAGCAUCUGAGGAGGGUGACAUGAGCAUGACCAGUGACGCUGAUGUGGGCAGAGGAGAAAGCCAUCAGAAAGCAGUCACCUCCACACCAGACAAGGAGACACCAAACCUCCUUCCCAACCCUCACAUUGCUCACCUCCUCAGCCAGCCCAGAGAUUCGUUUGAAAUGGAGGAGUUGCAGAGUAAUGAGGAUGACGCUCCCCCAGGAACCCGCUGCACCUCUAGAGCCAGCAGCGAGCAUUUGCUGAGGACGGGCAGUCAGCAGUCUGACAGCAGUGGUUUUGCAGAGGAUCCAUCCACAGACGGCUCAGCUAAUUACCUUAAGCAGGUACAGGAGAGCUCCGACAGCUGUGAUAGUGAGACCACCGUGACGUCUCAUGCGGGAGACGUGAGCACUCCCGUGGCUCUGGAGCACCUCACGUUUGAGAGGAGUCAGGGGUUGGAUCUGUUUCCUCAGUCUGGGAGAGGGAGCUCCAGCCAGGCCCAGGAGGACAGGAACAUUCCUGAGUAUUUCUGCCACCCCAGACAAGUCACCUCAAUGACCCAGAAUCUGCCAAGCGCUUGCCUGGACGAAUCUGCUCUUGCCUCUGAACUGCAUGGCUCUUCUGAGACGUCUGCUGGUGGAGAACCUGCCGCUUUAGUGGAACCUGAUGUUUCUGCAGACGUGGGAGCCAUCGGAGAGUCCACCGUGCCUGAACCCUCUGUGGAAGCAGUUCUGACCUCUGAUGCUAUCAACAGCAUGGAGCCUGUCUCCACAGAGGUGCAGGGCUGCACUAAGGAACCAGAUUCACUCACAGAACCAGAGACCAACCUGGAGCGUGAUGACACAGUUCAGCAUGAGUCUCCCUCCGGGGCUCCAGAAUCAGAGCAGUCUGGGCCCAGUCCGUCUGACCGGGUGCGUGUGGCUCUACAGCGGGUCCAGCAGAGAUCCUCUUCCACGUCUGAAGACGGAACAGGUGAGGUGAGAGUCAAAGCCAGGGAUUCACUGAGAGACAGAAACCCCCUGAGGAGAUCCAGUUCUCUGCCCAGCUCCCUGCUCAGCCCGUCGCGCGUCGUCUCCUCUGUCCGCAUUCAGCUGGGCCGCGGGUCCGUCAAACACUGCACCCCGCCUUCCUACGCUUACCGCUUCGGCCCUGAGGAAGACCAGCCGCUGCUCAACAGGGAGGAGGUGGACUCUAUCGUGGAGGAAGACGAGGAGGAGCCACAGUCAUCCUGUCGUUCCACCCUCAUCAUCAGGUCAGCACCCGGGGAGGGAGAAAUACCCCCGGAGUCUCGAGGGGCGGAGGAGCCCCCUCGUGGUGGCGUGCCCCCUUACCCCCUGUGCCUACCCAGAUAUCUCACCCACUCAUCCAGUUCUCUGUACAGUGCUCCCCAAGACUGGGCCCCUAGACCACUCGGAGAAGCCCCGUCCUGGAGCACCUGCAGCGUGCCCAACCUCCCCCAGCACACCUCCAUGGCUUACUCUCCCACUCCGCCUCACGCCUCUGUCCACUACCCAUACCACAGAGGAGCGUACGGCUCCCCCUACAGCCAGUCUCCUGGCCCCAUUCACAGUCCCUUAGCCCAAGUACACAGUGCUCCUCCCGGGCAACUACACAACUCCCCGUUCGCUCAGCCUCCCCAUGGCCCCAUAUAUACUGCGCCUCACCCAGGCCUGCCCUUCAAUCAUCUACACAACACACACUUCAGCUCUCCGUACCACCCUCAGCUGAGUGCUGCUCACAGUGGGUCUCUCAGCAACCUCCAGGGCAGCCCGUACAGCCCUCACACUCCCCUGUGUCACACACACUCUGCUCCCUGCAGCUUUGCCUAUAACAGUCCUGCUAAUCUUCCACCCGUGCCCUGCGGUCACACCUACGCUCCGCAGUGUUCAGGUGUCCCCGCGCACCCUUUCCCCUGUGACCCCGCCCCUCCCCCGCCGCUCAACAGCACAGAAAUGCAGCUCAGACGGGUUCUGCAUGACAUCAGAGGCACUGUUCAAAGUCUGGAGCAGGGCUUUUGUGUGCAUGGUGAUGACACUCCUUCAGGCAUGCGCAGCCCACAGCAGCCCGUCUACGAGGAGCUGCAGAAGAGACGAAAGAGUCUGAAUGUGUUCCGUUCUCAGAUGAUGGAUCUGGAGCUGGCUCUGAUGAGGCAGCAGUCUAUGGUUUAUCAACACCUUACACCAGAGGAGAGGCAGGAGGCGGAGCAUCUGCAGCAGCUGCGUGCUGCUGUGCGGCAGGAGCUGCAGGAGCUGGAGCUGCAGCUAGAGGAUCGACUGCUCUCCCUCAAUGAACAGCUACGCUCAGCACAACAUGCCAAUCUGAGUCGCCACCCACUGGGCAUACGCAGAGGGGAAAGCACAGACAGCCUGUCUAAUGCCUCUGCUCUCAGAGCCAUGGAACCGGUCUCAGACCUUCUCAGGGAGCAGUUGUACUUGCAGACAGAACUGGGGUACGAGGGAGGGGCCAGUGCUGCGGCGUCCAGUUCUGGGCACUCGUCACGGGCGGCCAGUCCUGCCAGGUUCUCCAGACCUCCGGAGCGAUCCCUGCCUCAGAGACCAGCUGUGUACCGGGCCACUGUCUGCCUCACUCCUGCUCUCCCUCCACGAGCAGGUGCAGGGACCCCCCCGCCAGAGAACUCGGAGGAACAGAGGCAGAUCCCAGCUACUCCCUACUCUGAAGAGAGAGAGGAGAGAGGAGCUGGUAGUGACUCCUCAUUGGAUGGCCAUGGAGGCAGGGCAUCCGUUGAUUCCCUUCUUUUGGAGGAGCAGGGCGGAGGCCGAGGGGAUGCAUCUAGCCCUCAUCUUCAACAGCUGAUUAAGGAGAUCAAAGCCAGUAUUGCUGACGAGAUCCGCCAGGAGAUUGUGAAUGAACUUCUGGCUGCUGUGUCACCACGGAGAUCUCCAAUGGCAACGCGAGGGCACCCAGUCUGAGGAUGGAACUGGGUUCUGUAGAGAAGAGACUGAAGCGUGAUGAAGCGUGCACUGAGAACAGCUGUAUCUGUGUCUGAGGAAACCUCUGCUGCUCCUCACCAAGCUCCAGCACACACUACUGCCACGGAACAACAUGCAUCACAGCCUUCAUUUCCACGCUCAGACGGCAACGUGUCCGCGACCGUGAGAGCCUGUAGCCUACUGACUUCUGUUGGUGCAUUUUAUUGAAAUGUUCUGAUAUUUCUGGUAUGUGAUGUAUUUAAGUAUGUGAUGAGGGUCCAGGUGCAUGUCUGUUUGGUGAAAGGUGAUGAGACUUGAGGAGACUUUUGCUUGUUUAGAAAAAAAAGAAGAAAAGUUGUGCGUUACGGGGAGAGAUGUCUGCUGUAAUUGGAUUGUGUUCUAAUGUGACCUCUGUGAGGACACUAACUGUGCAAUACAUUUCACUUUUCAACUUGAACUCACUGAUUACAACUACUGUUUUAGACUUGCCACUUUGAAUAUGGUUUUCUGUGUAGUAUGCAUAAUUGUCUUGGUCUUUAUCAUGUCUUUGUCAGUAGUUGAUCACAUUCUAUGUGUCUAGGAGAUAAACUAAAACCUAAGAAGCACAUUUUAUUUGUAUGUUACUUAUCAUUAGGAAGCACUAAAUCGACUAUAUGUGUACAGAGUCGCAAAACGACCGAAAAAGUUUUAUUUCUUAAUGUCAACAACUAUUAGUUUAUCAGAAAACCUUUCUAUCAGUUCUUGCGCUCCUAAAGGAGUCUUGAUCAAUUCUUUUGUGUUUCACAACUACAGUUUAUUUCAAGUGUUGGUCCUAUGAUUCCGCGGCCGCGUCCGUCUCUGAGAGAGAGAGAGGGAGAAUUCAACGCUGCCUUCACACACAAUAAUGUUUCUGUCUCAACAUGAAUCCUAAUACUAACUGAUCUAUGACUACAUGUCGAUGGAGAGUUUUUUCUGUCUUUUUAAGGGACUUGCUAACCUGUCACCCGGGAUGCAUGAGGGAUCAGCUCUGAGUAAAAUCA